CUUCACCAUUUUCCUCGGCUGUGGCCUGUCUCUACUCUCCCUAUAUUGUCUCUUAAUUCCAUUGUUGAAUCAAUCUCUGGUUGCGGUAUUUCCUUUGGAGGAUUAUCGGCAAGCUUUUACCAGGAGGCCAUGAGGAUGCUGAGGACGACACCGAGAGUGCCAACGACGAGGAGGGAGACGACGACGACGAGGGAGUCGGCGAGAGCGAUCUCCUUGAUGUGGGGUCUGCUGUGGAAAGCUCUUACAGUGGCUGGCAAGAUUCUGGGAGCCGCCUGUGGCAUCAGCAUUUUUCAAAAGGUCAGCGAGGUCAAUGGAGUCAGGGCGAAGAUGGAUGCUCUGGAAAUGAAUAUGCGGAUCUUGUCAGCCAGGAAGGACGACGUGGGUGACCAACUAAAGCAGGAAGAGAGAACACCGGGAAAGAAAAGGAAGAAAGAAGUCGAGUUGUGGAUGCAAAGUAUAGGAUUGCUGGAGGAUCAAGUGCGCAAGUUAGGACGAAAGGUUCGAGAGGGGCAUUUCUUUUCUCUGAUCAUGUUGGAGGGUCCAGUGAGCGACCUUGCAACACAAGUGAAAGAUUUGCGCGACAUGGGUGGAUUUGACGACGGUCUCACGCUGGAUGUGAUACCAGACCGUGGCUCUGAACUCCAAUUAGGUGAGCAAUCCGGGACAAAUGAAUCGACCCCUCUUCUUCCCGACUGCCUUGAGCAAUCCUCGACAAGUGAAUCGACCCCUCUUCACGACUGCCUCAACCGUCUGCCUCUUUUGAAACUCCUCGGAGGACUGCGAUCCGGUGGCUCUGAACUACAAUUAGGUGAGCAGUCCCGGACAAAUGAAUCGACCCCUCUUCCCGACUGCCUCGACCAUCUGCCUCUCUUGGAACUCGAAGGACUGCGAUCUGGAGGCUCUGAACCACAACUAGGUGAGCAAUCCCGAACAUAUCAAUCGACCCCUCUUCCCGACUACCUCAACCUUCUGCCUCUUUGGGAACUCGAACUACUGCAAUCGCUCGAGAACCUGCAUCUGACUCCUUGUAGAGGACUGCGAUGUCUCGAAGAACCGCCUGAACUGGAUCUGACUUUUUGUAGUUCCCUUUCUACUCUUCCCUCUAUUACUGCAGCAUUUUGACUGGUUUGAUGUUCUAAUGAGGACUAAUAUGAAAGAUUUGCUGCAGAUUUUCUU